GUCAGUGAUGUACUGUAGCUAGGUGACGAUCCGGCGCGGUGUCGUAUCUCAUCAGACGGAGUGACCCAGUGUGUGAACCGAAGUGUGAACAUUUCCAACCUUUUUUUUGGCUCCGGUUUGGAAGAAAGCCCUUAAAUAAAUGGAGAUCAAAGAAUAGUGCAUCGCGUAAAAGUCAACACCGAGUUCCGCGACUCGCGACCCGCCAGAAGAAACUAACGACGAUCCGAACCUCGUGCGACAGAGAUCCCGCCAUUCUCAUUCCAUAGCCGCGUGGUGUGUUUGUGUGUGUCUGUGCGCGCGAGAGUUUUGUGUGUUGCGUACCGGUACGUGCGCGUGUAUCCUUUGGCGGGUUGUGUGUGAGUGUGCGUGUGUGUGUGUUAUUCACGAAUGAGGUAAAAUGUUAGGACCCACCAAAUGGAGACUCCUAACGAUCGUUGCCGGUAUACUGCUAGCCCACGCGAUCGAGUCACCGACCAGUAAGAGCAACAAGCUAAACGCUCAGGUCCGCACCUUCACCAAUCCCGAGCUCGGGCUGCGCAUCGAACAGAUCAGUCCGUGGAGUACGGGCCGGAACAUACCGGCACGGAACCUGCUCGUCCCGCACCAGCUGUUUUCGCGCGUGGACAACAUCCGGUACAUAGACAGCCGGACACCGAACAGUCGCCAUCUGCAGAGUACGUUCGGUGCGUUCCGUCUAGCGGACGAAGUGCAGCAGUCUCCGAAUGAGGCCGCCAUACAACGACGACGCUCGAAAGCGUUUCAAAUGCGCCGUUCGGAUGAGGUGGCCCCGGACGUUGGUUUGACACUGGACCAGCAGCCAGGUGCAUCUGUGCUGCCGUCACCCGAGCAGGAACCGAUCUACCAGAAUGUGAGUCGUGCACAGCGACAGCAUCGCUACAAGAUCAUCCCCAUCAGUUACUUCUAUCGGGAAGAGGCUCAGCCCAUUCCAUCCGAGCUAAAACCCGUCGGUCCUAGUCGACCUCCAAAGGAUACCGACAACGAUGAGCCAGAGGUACCGGACACGAGCUCGAAACAACAUCAAGAACAAGAGCAUGGAACGCAGGAUGGUGAUGAGUAUGCACGGUCCGAUACACCCGUCAUUGGAGCUCGGCGAUCUGGUAUUCAGUUCCCGGGACCACUGAAGGCAGCGACCGGUUUCACUCCCCAAGGGUACAGUGAGGAGAGUCUCACACUCGGUGACAACUUGGGACUGUUCCAGCAGCCUGUUAGUACCGCGGAUGAGUACGGACCGGUGGAUGGCGAACCUGCCCACGAAGGUCGUGGAACAGACGAGUUCUCCCGUAGUCUGUACGCUAAUCGCUACUUCCGGGACUUUAACCGCCCGUCACCGAUCGAUCUGCGACCGGCUGAGUCUCUUCCUCGGCCUAGUCGUCUAAUUGAGUUCCCUGGGAACGUGAACGUCAAACAACCGUUCCGGGACGAUGUCACGAAGUUUGGUGAUGUGUCCGGGCCAGUAACAGCCGUCCAGCGUCCAUUUGCUGAUGCGUUCGGUGGAGAGGGCAAGAACUUCCGUACAUUCGAUCCAGCCUACUACACCGACAGCCCUUACCAACCCAACCGGGCUCCACCCUACUUCCCGGCCAAGCUAUACACCGAACCGAACCAGAAGAUUUACCAACCGCUCUGGAAGACUCGCUCGCCGCGUGUUGUCUUCCCGCAGGGUGAUCUCGCCUCCGGUCCGUCCGGGUUCGGUGUGGACAAUGUCGUCUUUAGGGACCAAAACUUUGGGUUGAACGAGCUGGCCGCCAUCCAGGACGUGCGGAACGAGUUCAACCAGGACGACAUCAAUGAUGAGCCGGCGACGACCAGCAAAGAUCGUGUCGGUGGUGACGGUGGUAACAAUCGCGGUGUCAGAAGCGAGCUCCAGUGCCAGCACGAGGGUGGCACGUGCGAGUUCUUCCUGCUCUGCUGGAUGUCCGGCGGACUGCUGCAGGGCACGUGCGGCGGUAUGCUGAAGGGUUGCUGCCAUCGAACGGCGAAAUCGGCCAACAUCGGCAUCGAUGCGAGUACGGCCGUCGACCUGACGAAUGUGCCCGCCCUCGAGUACGGUCCGGUGCAGAACGAUCCCAGUUGCGGAAUAUCGUUAGCGAAGCAGACAGCCCAGCGGCGGAUCGUCGGUGGAGAUGACGCAGGAUUCGGGUCCUUCCCCUGGCAAGCGUACAUCCGGAUAGGUUCCUCGAGGUCUAUGCUUUCCAGAUGUGGGGGUUCGCUGAUUUCGCGGCGUCACGUGGUGACCGCGGGCCACUGCGUUGCGCGAGCGACCCCACGGCAGGUGCACGUGACCCUCGGCGACUACGUGAUCAACUCGGCGGUCGAGCCCCUGCCGGCCUACACCUUCGGCGUGCGGACGAUCAACGUGCAUCCGUACUUCAAAUUCACACCCCAGGCCGAUCGGUUCGAUGUGGCCGUGCUGACGCUCGAGCGGACGGUGCACUUUAUGCCCCAUAUCGCCCCCAUCUGUUUGCCGGAGAAGAAUGAAGAUUUCCUCGGAAAGUUUGGCUGGGCGGCUGGCUGGGGCGCACUGAAUCCCGGUUCGCGGCUGAGACCCAAAACGCUACAGGCGGUCGACGUCCCGGUGCUUGAUAAUCGGGUUUGCGAACGAUGGCAUCGCUCGAACGGCAUCAACGUUGUCAUCUAUCCGGAGAUGCUGUGCGCUGGAUAUCGAGGCGGUGGCAAAGACUCCUGCCAGGGUGACUCCGGUGGUCCGUUGAUGCACGAGAAGAGUGGCCGAUGGUACUUAAUCGGCAUCGUAUCCGCGGGCUAUUCCUGUGCCACCAGAGGUCAACCGGGUAUCUACCAUCGGGUUGCCAACACGGUCGAUUGGAUAUCGCACAUUACACAAGUUGCUACGUAAAACCCUUCCGUAAUAUCCGGCUGCCGGAGCAGGAUUGCCGCUAAAGCGCACCUAAAGAGCAUCCAGGUCACAGGACUCGGAAGGACGGGAAGAGAAGAUGCCGCUUGGAGAGGAUCUAGCUCACAGGGCCACACUUGGAAUCAGCUGCUUCAACUUCAACCAGUCAGUGCAGGAUGGAUACGGAAGGAUGCACACUGUCAGCCGCUGGUGGGAUUAAUUUAUGAAACAUUUAUUUAUUAUACUGCCUUCGGUCCACGCGACUCUUUCAGUUGCCCGUUCAAAUGUGACAAUUUCAAUAGCGACAAGGCGGAUCGAGCAGUUAGCGGCAGUAGUAGUACAGUGAAGCAAGUCAGGAGCUUACAACAGCGAACCACAAAAGAAAAGUACCAUAAAAACUAUGAGCAAAAAAAACAGCAUACACACAAAGCCACCAACGCACACACAAAAACACGCGCACGCAGUGAAAAUGUGAUAUGUAAAAAGUGACUCUUAAUCGCUUAAAAGAAGAACGCAUCCUGGUGGGGAAAACAAAGGUGAGAUGGCGCCCGGGGAUGACUUUUUAGGACCUGGAACAGUGAUGCACUAGCAGAGCAGAGAUGGAAAACCCAGUUGUAUAGAACGACCAGUGAACUACGAUCACCAAACGACGGUGGAACCGGUGGAGCCAAGUACGACACUAUUCGGGACGGUGUACUAUCGUAUACGCUAAUUACACGUUUCUGUGAAACUGUACAAUUAGCUCGGUACACAACCAUUAAAUGUUAACAUUGAACAUAAAACGAAACGACAGCGCACGCAAUGGACGUGCAAGCGUACGCGUAUAUAAAGCUAUAAAUAUAUAAAUGUGUAUAAUCCCGCCGCGUCGUGAAUAUGGCAUGCUGUUUUCCCUUGCGCUUACUAGCUGUGCGUGAAAUGAUGCGCAUUGUAAAUAUUAUUUUUAUUCUGCUGCCAGUACUACGACUGGAAAAUUGGAACAUAAAAAUGCAUGAGUGUGUGUAUGUAUAGAAGCAUCACACACACACACCAGAGACAAGGCGUCUAUACGUUAAGUGAAGAGAGCUUAACAGUGGCCAAAAAAUGAGGAAAAUCGAAAAAAAGUCUAGUGCAUGCACAAGGAAUGUUUAAUGUACGGCGUGGAGGAAAAUUAGCAUAGAGUAAGCGAAGGAUUCGGUUCCUGUUUUUGUGUGUGAGUUAAACCCAACGGCCGAAAGCAUACGCAGACAGUGACACACCACAAACACACACAUCGCGGCUAGGGAUAUUUUAUGUAAAAGCUUAUGUUACCACGUGAAAGACGAAAUCACACAGGAGAUGUGUGCCGGGAGAAGAAGAAUUUGUGCCCAGUUUGUUUUGCCUGUUUGUUUACCUUACCAUCACAACCCUAUCACCGGUGAAAACCCCAUCCAUACGCAUACGACACGUGUUCCGUGUAAAGGAAAGGAUUUUUUGUUUUGUUGUGUAGAAAUAUUUGUAAAUUUAUGUGUACCGCGUAAAGGACGAAGCAGCAUCAGAAUCGUUUUGAUUAAAAUGAUGGCGAAAGGAACACAAAACCGAACACAAAAUCCCACAACUAGCAAAGUACAGCGCUACAGUUGACCUUUUUUUUGUUUGUUGAAAAUGCGGAUAAGGAUGGGAUGAGGAUUGCUUCGUUCGGGAAUCGCCGACAGCAUGUAGCAUACUUUUAAUGGACUUCACGGCAAUAAUGUUUUGUUUUUAGAUAGCUAUUGAAGAAUGUUUUUUUUUGCUUCUCUCAAAUGAAACCUCGUCAGAAUGAAACCGAAAUAAAUACAGCAAUGUAUCCUGACAGUAAA